AUGUGCGGAGCUGAUCAACUACGUCCAGCAACGGGGCAGGGUCAGCCAGCAAGAUGGCCCACAGCUUAUGCCUGUGCCUCGCAUCGCCCCUGGCAUAUUCGCUUCUGGGAACUUGAACGAGGAUUGAAAGGGGUGCGGACGACGACUCUGCAGACUAAGGAAGGGCAAAUAAGACAAAGAAAUCUGAAGUAA